CAACAAAGGAGGAGCGAUACCUGGGUGUGCGGGGUGAUCAGAAGGUCUAUGAGCCAUCAGUGUGAGGUGGCUAUGAAAAAGGCAAAUGCAAUCCUGGGAUUUAUCAGGCAAGGUAUUUCCGGAGAAGUAUUACCAUCGUACAAGCCAUUGGAGCCAGAGAGAUGCGAGGGGCAAAGAGAUGUCACGCUCUGCCUGCCAUCUUCUUCCUGCUGCUCACUUCAGCCCCUGCGCCGCCGGGGGUCGAGGGCAGCAGCAGGGACCCGGAGGCGCCAGGAGGGGACAGGAGGACUCUGCUCGAUCUCCUCUUGCAAGCUAUCGGGGACAGCCAGAGCCACCAGCCCCACCACCCCCCGAGGGGGGACAGGGUGAUCGCCAGGCGCUACAGCGGCAGCGCCCUUUACUCCGCAGCUGUGGACCAAGAGCCCCGGGUGACUUCCUCCGCCUCCGCCUCCAGGGAGCGAGCAGCGGGACAGGUGCCCCGGAUCUUCACCAGCUCCAGGCACGUAGAAAUAUUUCCAAGAGAUUCCAAUUUAAAAGACAAGUUCAUAAAACACUUUACAGGGCCAGUCUCAUUCUCAGCUGAGUGUAGCAAGCAUUUCCAUCGACUCUAUCACAACACAAGGGACUGUUCGACACCAGCAUAUUACAAAAGGUGUGCAAGAUUACUAACAAGGUUGGCAAUGAGCCCUUUGUGUACACAACCCUAGAAAAUUUGCUGUUCCUUUCUACUACAAGAGAACUCUGAUUUGCCGAGAAAGUGCCUUGAAAUCUUCCCCAAGAUAAUAUAAAAGACAACUUGUAUCUUUUUGAUUUAACAAGCAUUGUUUUGUUACUAGAUGC